GCACAUAAACUCAACCCGUAGUUGUUUAGACUGAACUGUUUUUACCUUCACCUGGUCAUUUCACCUUCCUGUUGGCGUGAUUCUGUGGGUGGGGGAAGCACAUCGGCACCCACGUUUGUUUGAACGUACCUCAUUCUUCUAGUCUCAGAUUGAGUUCGCUGUAGUCAUGCAGGCACACGAGCUGUUGAAGCAGCUGCGAAUCCCUGAGCUGUCCGAGGUGAGGGACUAUUUCCGCAGCCUCUCCACAAACACCCUCCUCGGCAUGGGCGCGUUCACCGCCGUCACAGCGUACUGGUUCGCCACCAGACCCAAAGCCCUCAAACCACCCUGUGACCUGCGCAUGCAGUCAGUAGAGCUGCCGGGUGGAGAAUUUGCUCGUCGAGGAGCGGUUUUGAAUGGAGGCCCACUCUUGAGCCAUUUCUACGAGGAUGCCAAGACCAUAUACGAGUGCAUUCACAGGGGUCUGAGGGAGUCAAAAAACGGUCCCUGUCUGGGAUCCAGAAAACCAAAGCAGCCGUAUGAAUGGCUUUCAUACUCAGAGGUGAUUGAGCGAGCAGAGAAUUUGGGAUCAGCAUUUUUGCACAAAGGACACUCGAAGGACAGAGACCCCUACAUCGGCAUCUUCUCUCAGAACAGACCAGAGUGGACGAUUUCAGAGCUGGCCUGCUACACUUACUCUCUGAUAUCAGUUCCUCUGUAUGACACCUUGGGCACAGAAGCAAUAGGCUACAUCCUCGAAAAAGCCUGUAUCUCUACAGUCGUAUGUGACGUACCUGAGAAGGCCAAGCUGCUGUUGGACUGUGUUUCGGGCAGACAGCACACAGUCAAAACCCUGAUCCUCAUCGAAAACUUUGAUGCUGAUUUGGUUAGCAGAGCACAGCAGUGCGACAUCGACAUCAUCAGUCUUAAAGACGCAGAGAAUAUCGGCAAGGCUCAUCGACAGCAUCCUGUGCCCCCUCAGCCUGAUGACAUGGCUAUUAUUUGUUUUACAAGUGGAACCACAGGAAACCCUAAAGGAGCGAUGCUCACCCACAGAAACAUAGUGUCUAAUUCUUCUGCCUUCAUCUACGUCACAAAGUCCUCUUGCCCCAUUGGUCCUCAGGACGUGCACAUCUCCUACCUGCCCCUGGCACACAUGUUUGAGAGAGUCGUACAGGGUGUGAUUCUGAUGCACGGCGCACGUAUCGGAUACUUCCAGGGUGACAUUCGAAUUCUGAUGGAUGACCUCACGACCCUGAAGCCCACCGUAUUUCCUGUGGUUCCUCGUCUGCUGAACCGCAUGUUUGACAAGAUCUACGGACAGGCCAACAGUCCCCUGAAGAGACACAUCCUGGAGUUUGCGUUCAGGAGGAAAGAGAACGAGAUGAAGAGCGGGAUCAUGAGGAGGGACAGUGUUUGGGACAAGAUCAUCUUCAAGAAAGUCCAGGCCAGUGUUGGAGGUCACGUUCGAAUGAUGUUGACUGGAGCGGCACCCAUUUCAGCACCUGUUCUCACCUUCCUGCGAGCUGCAUUGGGCUGCCAGUUUUACGAAGGAUAUGGUCAGACUGAAUGCACCGCCGGCAGCACAACUACACUACCAGGAGACUGGACUGCUGGUCAUGUUGGAGCUCCUCUGUCCUGUAAUGACAUCAAAUUAGUGGAUGUGGCAGAGAUGAACUAUUAUGCCGCUAAAGGCGAGGGAGAGGUGUGUGUGAGGGGUCCCAAUGUUUUUAAGGGGUAUCUGAAAGACCCUGAGAAGACGAAGGAAGCUCUUGAUGAAGAUGGUUGGGUUCACACAGGAGACAUUGGCAAGUGGUUGCCGAAUGGCACUCUGAAGAUUGUGGACCGUAAGAAGCACAUUUUUAAGCUGGCUCAGGGUGAAUACAUCGCUCCAGAGAAGAUCGAGAACAUUUACAUCAGGAGUGAAGCUGUGGCGCAGACUUUCGUACAUGGAGACAGUCUGCAGGCCUGUCUGGUAGCCAUCAUUGUGCCUGAUCCAGACUUUCUGCCCGGCUGGGCCAAGAAGAGAGGCAUAGAGGGCUCAUAUGAAGAGCUGUGCAAAAAUAAGGAGGUGAAGAAAGCCAUUCUGGAGGAUAUUGUCAAACUGGGUAAAGAAAGUGGCCUGAAGUCUUUUGAACAGGUGAAGGACAUUGCUCUUCACACCGAGAUGUUCUCCAUCCAAAACGGCCUCCUGACACCCACCCUGAAAGCCAAGCGCGCUGAUCUCAGGAACCACUUCAGGAAGCUGAUCGAUGAGCUUUACUCCAACAUCAAAAUGUAAACCAGAGGAAGUGCCUCAGAUAUUACAGAGUAACAGAGCUGAUAUGGGUCCCAUGACUGAAUAGAGCUGGUCCAAAAUAAGAGACUUGACAGAGCUUGUUGUCAACUGACAUAGCAUCAGUUUUAUGUGCCUUUCAGAAUAAGAUUAUAUUUUAGAUCAGCUGUUACUCGAAGCUUCAUCACUCCGCUUCAGCUUUAAAGAUUCCACCUCAGGAAAUCGUCCCUACAUUUUGACACCAUCAUUUUUGCCUUUAACUAUUUUAAGAGAAAGGGAAGAGAAAUCCAAGAGCAAAAACAAACCUAAUGCUGUUAUUGAAGACAAAAUAAUGUUCCUCUUUAAUUUAAGCGUAUUUUUUUUUCUAAUGAGAUGAUGUAGAUAAGCCAAGCAUGCUAUUCUGCUUAAAUUUGCUGAAAAUUUACUCCUCCUCAGUCCAAGUUGUAGAUGAGUUAGUUUCUUCAUAGGA